AUGAGUACACUGUAUUCUCCCCUGGUAAAAGACAGAUGGAACGAGAAGGACACGUUACUUCUAAUUAAAGAGUUAAACCUGUCUCAAGGAAAUUUCAAGAAGGCUGCCGAACUCUUGGGACGUCCUGUUCGCGAGUGCUACAAAAAGUGGUCGGCAGACCUAAGAUCCUCGACAAACUUCCUCGUAAGAGUGCGUCCCAUUCGUAGAACUCGUCCGAGUGUUCUCAGACCAGCCCCAAGAUUUCUUAACACGCUAACAGUAGCGAGCGUCUCUAGUCCGAUCACAAACGAAGAAUAUGUUCGUAUAAAGAAACUGAUGAACAUUGACAAUAUAUUGAAUCCCAAUGACGCAUACAUGGAGAAUGUAAGGUUUAAAACAGCCCUCAGAAUUUUGCACGAAUUUCGGCCAGAACAAGAGGAAUUGAGCGAGAGUAUUUACAUGGAAAUCGUGAUUUAUAUGCAGCAAAUGUGUCGUGCAGCAAGUGGGUAUCCAAUUGGACGAAAAAACGAAUUCGAGCCUUAUAUUGCAUGUUACAAUGAACAAUCAAUGGCGAAGAGUCAAGUACAACUCUCAAAGGAAUGCUUAAGGCUGAUAUCAUAUAAGUUUGAUGGAACGCAUAAAGUGUUUAUGGGCAUAUCGGUCGGUAAGAAUGGUGUAGAAGUUGGUUUCGGCUUUAAGAAAAAAACGGAUGCAAGUGUACUCCUUGGAGAAUUAGCAGUUAAAUUAGGAAAGUUUUUUGGUUAUGAACUUAUAGAAUUUUGCUUUUUAUCAUACAUGACAAGAAAACUCUCGAAAGCGGAGAAGACUGAUUUCUGA